AUGGCAUCAACUCUGGCUGCUUUAUGUCUACACGAAAUAUUCAAAAACUUUUCCACAUUAGAAGCAGGACAUGAAUCAACUUUCUACAACAGUUCCAAACAUUACAACUACGAAGACGAAAUCUACAGGAAUAGACGUCAAUUAUUUUAUUGUGCUCUAGUGAAUCGUCAUUGGUGUUAUAAUGCGAUUCCGAUAUUAUGGAAACGACCGUUUCCUUUAUCAUCGGGUGGAUCGUUUGUUGCUACUCUUUUACGAUGUCUUGGUGGUAAUGAAGAUUAUGAGGAUAAUGAAUCAAGACCACUAUUUCGAUAUAAUUUAUUCAUUAAACAAUUCUCUUUGGAAUCGAUACUCGGUGCUUUUGUGCAAUGGACAAAAUUAAAAUGGCAUGAGAAUCAACAACGAAAUUCGGGAAAAGAUAGUGAUGAUGCAAUUUCUGUGAAAAUACCAACAAUUCCCGAUAUAUGGAAAACACUUUGCCAUGAUUUGAUUAAUAGUUCAACGACUAUUUUAUUCGAGCUUGAUUAUGAGUACGACAAAGUCGGUUUAUUACAUAGAUACGAAUUUCCUGAUAGUGAUUGGAAUAUUUUUCAGCUGCCGAACGCAAAAACUUCACUUGGUCAAUUACGUUACUUAAAAAUAUCGACUACUGGAGACAUCCAACUUUUAGAAUCUGCUGCAAAAAUCUGUCCCAAUCUUUCCUCGCUUGAAAUAAAUUCCUACUCGUCAACCUGGUUAAGCAGCAUUUUCAAGGAAUAUUCACAAUAUCGCCAAUUACUCUCGUAUUUUGGCAUGUUUAAAAAUCUAAAAUCACUAAAACUUGAUUGCGGACAAUACACGUCAACGAUUUACGGAAACGAAUUCUUAACGGAACUCGGUAAAAAGUUACCAAAAACAUUAGAAACUCUUUCAAUUGAUGGAGAUUUAAACUUUUCCGUGGAUUCGUUGGAUAAGUUCUUACACGGUGCUAGAGAGAUACAUUUCAAACUGUUAGGAUUUCCGCAUUCAGAAUGUUUCUCUGAUGAACAUUUAGAAAUCAUCUUGGAAGCGGUUAAAAAUCCGCAAUUGGACAUUCGUGUUCAGAAACUUGACCUUUCUGAGGCGAGAUUUUUGACCAGAAAUAAUGUGGAAUAUUUGAAACUUAACGGAAUCGAAACAAAAGUGGAUAGCUUAUGGGAUGAAGUAGAAUGGGAGCAGCAGAUUAGGUACAAUGGCAAUUGGGAUGAAUUAUAUGUCGACAUAUUUUCAAAUGACGAAUUUUGGAAUGAUCCAUUUAUAUCGAUAUUUUAA